AUGUAUUUCUCCACCAGGGCCUUGGUGGCGGUCCUCCUCGCUACUGCGGCUCGAGACGUGGUUGCAGUUCCUCAGCGAGGCAAUAACGAGACCCCCGGCUUGGGCAACGGCGAGCCGGGCAAUGACGGACCUGGAAACAACGGACCUGGAAAUGGGGGAUCUGGAAAUGGUGGACCUGGAAAUGGUGGACCUGGAAACGGCGGACCAGGCAACGGCGGACCGGGCAACGGCGGACCGGGCAACGGCGGACCGGGCAACGGCGGACCGGGCAACGGCGGACCGGGCAACGGUGGGCCAGGGAACGGGGAUGGUGACGACAAUGGGGUUGUACGCAUACAAACCGUCGCAAACGCCGCACCAGCAGCCACCCCGAUACCCCCCGAGGCCCUAGCGGCCCAACAGUCGAGUGCUGCUGCUGCUGCAUCCGCCGCCGCCGAAGCUAACGAGGCGGCAGCAGCUUCUGGACUGAGACAACCCCCGGGUUUGCAAGGAAACGAUGCUCCCGCUUCACUCCUACCGUUGCCUGGACUGGGUGGUGGAGACGCCGUUGCUCCUCCCGCCGUAGGAGACUCUACGGAGGUGAUAGCUCCAACACAAGUGGAAUCACAGCCGGCUGUGGUCGUAACGGAGAGUCCAGCGGGAGGGUUGCAGCAGCCCCCUGGCCUCGAUACAGGAGCACCUGCGGCUGUGGCACCGAUCCCGACCCCGGGUGUUGACACUUCUGUUGAUGACAGUGCCACGUCAGACGCUGCCCAGGUUAUUGGGUCGUUUACCCAAGUCGUGGGUGGAGCAACUACAGCAGCGGGUGCCGCCGAGGCGCUCACAUCCGCCGUGGUGGAAACCUCAGCUGCCGGCGCCGCCCCCGCCUCCUUCACCCCUAUCGCAGCUAGCUCGGCCCCCGGUGUUGACAGCUCGGCAGCCAACGCCGUGGACUCGGCCACCACCGCGGCGGCAGCCGUCGGUUCCUUCGUCCCCAUCGUCGCGGACCCCUCCGCCGACUCAGCCGCAGAUCAGGCCACCGGCCCCUCCUCUUUCGCCGCGCCCACCCAAGGCUUCGUUUUCGCCAACGGUACAAGCAACAGCCUCACCCCGCUCCCCAGUGGUGGUGUAGGAACUGGGACUGGGGCCGGAACCGACACCGGCUCUGAAUCCGGAGCCGGCGUGCUCCAACCCCUACCCGGCCUCACCAACAGCACAGCCGGCACUGGAACCGGCACUGACACCGACACCGGCACUGACACCAACACCGGCACUGACACCAACACCGGCACAGAAACUGGCUCCGACUCCGGCGCCGGCACUGACACCAACACCGGCACUGGCACCGACACCGAGGGCGGCGACAACGCCUCCCCCAGCCUGCAGCCCCUCCCCGGCCUCGACAACAACGGCAACAGCAACGGCGACACCAGCAGCGACGACGGCAACAACUCCCUCCAGCCCCUGCCCAACAGCCCCGACGCCACCGCCACCGGCGACGCCGCCGAGACCCUCGUUACGGCCGUCCCCAGCUCGACCCCUGGCACGGGUGCGGGCGCGGAUGCGGAUGCGGAUGUGGAUGCGGAUGUGGAUGCCUCGUCGAUGCUGACGACCCUGACGACCGUCACCAACGGCGUCACGAGCACGCUGGUCACCCCCGUGGCGGCCGCGCAGACGGGUGAUGCUGCUGGUGGGGCGGAGGAUGCGGGUGUUGCGGGGGAUGCUGUGGAUGGUGUCACGGGGGGCUCGGGGGCGGAGGGGGUGAGGAGUGUGUUGUGGGCUGUUGUGGGGGGGAUGGUGGGUGUGGUGGGGGUUUUGGUGAUGUAA